AACAUAUAUACUUUGAUCAAGUUAUGGUUGGCCAACCCAGCCCUAGUUUUUCCCUGUGCACGCAGGGGCAAAAGCUGGGCAGUAGUAAAGGACAGGAGGCUGGAGGAACCCAGGACAGCGACGAGCGCGGCUCACUCGCUUAUCUUCCCCGCGGCUAUUGGCGUCGUGCAACAUUGCAGGAGCCGGAGCAGGAGCCUUUUCCUGGGCCUGCGCUGCUGCUGGAAGACCGGCCAGAGGAAGAGGAAGACCUGGCGAACGGACGAACGGACGAACUGGCGAAUGGGCGAAUAAGCGACCAUGGGCCAUGGGCCACGACCAUGUCGCUGAUGAUUCGCAUUCGUGUAUCGCAAGCGGGCCACAGCUUUUGGCUUCCCCCGAAAUUUGAAUCUGCCUGCAUCUGAGGACUUAACGAAUAUGAACAAAAGGGCCCGCGGCUGUUUCAAAAUAUUACCACACUCGAGUAUUCGCGUAAGGCUACAUACCACAUAUACAUGCGUUCGACUCCGAACUCAAGUGAAUGCGGAAAAUUAUGGCGAGGUAGUUGCAGAUACAAACACUCAAUCACAAGGGCUCCAUUUGCAUACGCCGCACCCGCCGCCGACCUCCAGUCCAGAAAUCCAUGAGGCCUAUGCAGUCGCUUUGGCCAUAACCCCUAGAAGUGGAUAUUCCUUUCGCUCUGAGGGAUUGUUCCAUAUAAGGGCCUUCUGCUCUUUCGUCCGUUAAUUAGACGUUUUUCUGGGUACUAGAUACCUGUAAGCCGGG